AGCCGCCGCCAUGGCAACCGCCGCCAUGGCAACCGCCGCCGCGUCCGCCAUGAUCCCGCCGCCGGACUCGCUGCUGCGCUACAACCCGCCCAUGCUCGUCAGCCGCCGCACGGAGAAGCGGUCCCCCGGGGCCCCUCCGCUGAAGGGGAUCCCCGCCCCGCCCGCCCCGCCGGGGCCCGUCCCGCCGCCGCCCCGCACGGCCGCCGCCGCCAAGCAGCCGCAGGAGCUUCUCAACGCCAUCCUGCCGCCGCGGGAGUGGGAAGAGGACAACCGGCUGUGGGUGCAGGAGGUGUCCAGCGCGCCCAGCACACGCCUGGACGUCGUGCAGCUGCAGGAGCAGCUGGACCUGCGGCUGCAGCAGCGGCAGGCGCGGGAAACCGGCAUCUGCCCCGUGCGCAGGGAGCUCUUCUCGCAGUGCUUCGAUGAACUGAUCCGUGAAACUACGAUCAACUGUGCCGAGCGAGGGCUGCUGCUGCUGCGGGUCAGGGAUGAAAUCCAAAUGACAAUCGCUGCUUAUCAGACCUUGUACGAGAGCAGCAUUGCCUUUGGCAUGAGGAAGGCACUGCAGGCCGAGGAAGGCAAAUCAGCCAUGGAAAAAAGAAUUGCAGAGCUGGAAGAGGAAAAGCAGGAGCUGGAAAGACAAGUGAAGGAACAGAAAGCCAAAUGUGAUGCCAUUGAGAAACGUGAACAUGAAAGGCAACAGCUAGAAGAAAAGAAGCACAACGAGGAGGUUCAGUUCCUGAAACGAACCAAUCAACAGCUGAAGGCCCAACUUGAAAGCAUCAUUGGAUCAAAUAAGUAGAUUGUGGUGGUGUUGUCCUUCAGGUAGUUGCAAGAAAGGUGCAAUUACUGACCGAGCUUUGUGUUCAUAACCCAGUUUUGAACUCUCACUUACCAGUAACUGAAGGCAAAGGGAUUGGUUUCAUUUUUGCUUUUUCUCUUGAAGAGUUGAAAUUCCUUUAUUGCUGCAUCCUCUCUCAAUGCUGUCUGAGCACCAGCAACUGGAGCAGUGAGCCUGUCUGAAGCUGGUCUGUUGGUAACACACCAGAUGACCUUCAAAGCAAUAAACUAUCAAACAUUUUUUCCUCAUGCAAG